AUGAAUAGCGACAGCACUACAGUAUGCGGCAUAGUUACAGUUCCUGGGGUGUACCUUGAAAAGAUACUCAGCGACCCGCCUAGAAGAAACCCCGCCAGCCUUCUUGAUGGGCUGGUUGCGUCUCCUCGGGUGAUUGCAUCUUUGGUCCAAAGCAUUCCCAUGCCUUGGGAGGCUGAAAAGACAGUAAUAUGCUUCUACAACACGGACGGAAUAGUUCUUGAGUGCAAGUCCAGCAGCAGCGAGGACAGCAUAAACUACAUGUGCAAAUGGCUGCGCCUGUUGCAAAGGCCCUGCCCAAACGGCGCGGAAGCUGCCCCCAAAGCGCGCAACUUCACUUUGGGCGAGUACCGAGAGCUCAGAAGCAAGCACCCUUUUGUAACUCUUUCCGCGCGGAAAAGAAAAGAGCAGAUGUUUCCCGCACUGUACGGGCGCGCAGGCGCUGCCCUAGAAUGCAAAAGCCACCAGCCCAGCACAGAAGAAGCCCCUGAUGCUGCCAGAACGGUAGCCAGCCGAAAUUCUGUUCGGGUGCUGCUGCGCAUGGACCGGCAUAGGAAGCAGCGCAAGAAAGCCAAGAAAGCGCCUCAAGCGCCCGAAGAGCCUUCGCCAGGCACGGGCAGAAUAGCCAGCAGCAGAUACAAAAAGCCGGAAAAGGAGUAUAGAAGCUCGAUGGAGUGGUGUAAGUUGUCCAGGCUUUAUUUGUCGGCCUGCAACCGGAUGCUGAACUAUGUUGUGAAAGAGCGGCGCCUCAACUAUGUAAGCGUGUCUGAAAAGUAUGAGGUAGAGGCCAAAAGGGCCCUUAAAACGCGAGAAAAGAAGAAAAGCCGGCUUGGGCAGACAUUUCAUACGGUAAAAGAGCUGGUCAAGCUUUUGGCCAGGCUUGUGGAUGCUGUGGAAGAAAGCCGGCGCCCUGAGACAUCGCCUAAUGAGGGCAUGCGCAGGCUGUUCAAAGAGUUUUCAUCCGUUGGGGUGACCACUGGGAUAUACAAGUACAAGCACUCCGCGAUUCGGCAGGUGCACGAGGCCUCGCGCGCAUCAAAAGCGCUGGCGUAUUACGCAGAAAAGACUCGGGUGCCGUACGACCUGCUGUGGUGCGAGCCUUGGAGGGUGUGGGCUCUUUUUCUGCAGGGCGUGUCGCCCCUGCUGGAGAGCCGGCUUGCCUCGUACGUGCUCCGGCGAAGAGAGGGCCGCAAAAAAAGAGAAAAGCCCGUGACAAAACAGCGGGCGCUCUCCCACAGCGACAUUCAGUCCAAGGCUCUGGUGUUUCGGGAAAUAGCAGAGUUUGCUAGGCUGGGAAAGUUCCAAGAGCAGGCCGUCAAAAACGUGCUAAAGCUGGCCUGGAAGCUGUGGAAGCGUGCGGAUGGCUAUGCUGCAGAAAUACAAAAGUGCGUGUCAAAGAAUAACUUUCCAGGGCUUUCAGAGGCCGCGCUGCUUGGCAUUCAGGGGUGCCUAGUCAGAAGCAUCGAGGAGAAAGGCAGCGCUUGGUGUGCAUCUGCAGUGCAGCAGUGGAACCGCCUUGUUGCAUGCAAAGUCAAAAACAAGAAAGAGCUUGUGAAAGCGCAGUCAAAGGCUUUGCGGCUUUCUAUGAUUUUGAACAAAACCAUGCAAAGGCUUGCCUUGGAAAAAGAGUUUUCCGAAGACUUUGCGCCGGAGGAAGCUGCGGCCUCAGACAGCGCGACAGAGGCCCUGCGCGACAGAGAAGUGCUCUCGCUUUCAACGUACAGCGAAGAUAUUUUGCUGGACAUUUUGUCGGUUUCUUUGGACAGGCUCUCGAGCACGUACAGCCGGCACUUGAAGAGGGAAGAGGAAAAAGAGCUGGAGUAUAUAAAAGCGCGCAAAAACGCGCUGGGCGAAACCCUGUCUUUUGUUGCCAAAAGAGUGGCCCAAAAAAGAGGCUUGGGGCGAAUAUGCAUAAAGUACGCAGCGCAUGGAGUGUCGUAUUCCUAUGGGAUAGAAGAGCGGAUGGCCGACUCCUUCUUGGACCAUCUUAUUGCUUACCACGCGCGGGCGCACGGAGGAUGCAAUACUUUGCCGCUCGACAAAGAGCCUCUCGCACUGUCGCUGUCAAAGCGUGCCGGCGAUAUGUGCACCGCAAUCACAGGCUUUUUCGAGAAAGCGGCCGCGCCUUCCUCCGUUUACUUUACCUCGCUAGAUACUUCUCGCAUGCUCGCUGAAGUCGAAAGGCCUCUUCUGGAGAGGUGCCUGCGCCAGGCACUCCACAAAGACAUUGCCUCGUAUGUUUUGCAGCGCGCUUCGUCUGUGCUGGAGUAUAAAGACAUUGCCUCUGCGCAAAGGCUUGGCGUGUGCAAAGGCCUUGAAUUCUACCCGUCAGUCAGCGAGUGUCUUAUGCAGGAGAUGGACCGCGCCGUGCUGGCAGAUGCACGCUCUUCUGUUCUUAUGCACUUUAGGUGCGGAGCCACGUCGUACUUUUUGCACACAGAAGACUUCUUCUCGCGCAUUUCAAAAAAACGUGCAGCUGCAGAGGGACUAGCAGAAUGCAGCUUCCGGGCCUUCCUGGGCACGCUUUCCGAAAACAGCGAGGGCCUGGGCGCGGUGGACCCCCGCACAGACCAUUUGGCUGGGCUUCCCACCCAUCUGGGAAGCCGGGUGUUUUCGCGCCAGCACAACGCUCGAGACGCAGAAAAAGAGCGCUUUUGCGUAAUUGCAGAGGGCCUGGCAGGCAAAAUGCACAGCACCCGAAUAGACGCAUUCCCUUUUGUUGUUACUGUGGGCGACUUUGACCUGGUGUUUCCGCGCGAGCGCAGCCCAUACCUGCUGUCCUCUGCGCCUAGCUUGGAUCGCUUUAAGCUGAGCAUGAACAAGCUCCUGUACGACUCCACCGGCAGCUCCUUCUCCACUAUUGUGGAGCGGUGGAACCGCGCUGUUGUGCAGUCAGUCCUGUUUUUUCGCGAGCAUAUGUCCUUUGAGCUUUCAGAAGCCAUCCGCGCGCACGAGGAAGCGCUCAAAAGAAGAAUUAUGUGCUCGAUAAACACAAAAAUGAAGAAAAGGUUUCCAAACGCUCUUUUCUAUUCGGGAAAAGAGUUCUCUGGCCUGGGCUUUGUUUCGUUUGAGGUUCUCAGGCACGUGGUGCCUUCUUGGUCCGACGAGGCCGCUCGGUCCCUAUCUGUGUACAGCAGGAUACUGGCGGCCGUGGAGAAAGCAGGCCCAGCAGAAGAUAAAGAAGCGCUGGCUCGCGCAGUGCUGGUGUCUCUGAAGAGCGAAGGUGCGGAUGCGCGCUCUGUGGGGGUGCCUCGGAUUUCCGCGUUUCUGCACAAGCCAAAGAGCUUGCAUGUGGAGGCCGGCUGGCGGCUUAGAAACUAUCUCUGCUCUGGGAACCGGAGAUGGACAAGCGAAGCCCACGACGGACAGUGGAUUUCCUGGAAGAGCUACAAAAAAGCACUUUCUCUUUCAAACGCAUACUCUCUGAAGUGCUCAACUGUUUCGAUGCGAAAUUCCUCUGGGGACAGCACGCAUGUAUACGCCGGGAGCUUAUACAGAGCAGUGCAGCAAAAGUGGAACAGCGCUCCCCCGCCCUUGGAAGAGAUGUACACCGGCAGUCUGGACAGCUCCCCCCACGCCCCCAGCUUGGGGGAGUCUAGAAGAAAAACCAGAGCCCAGAUUGGCAGCGCUGCACGAAUGCCAAACAGGAUGUUUACGCUGUGGUGGAGUCCUAUAAUCAACAGAAGCAGAAUAGACGUGGGGCAUCCUGAAGUGGUUGAGUCUACUGGGAUAACCAUGCGCAGCAAGAUUUCCUCCCUGCGAACAAGCUACAAAAAGCUAUUCAGCGACGGGCUAUGGGCAAAAAUGCACAAAGAGAUACUCGCGCUGGUCGCAAGUUCUUUGGAGCAGGGAAUCAUCAAGCAUGGGAUUUCGUGCAUCGACCUGCCCCCGGUGGACGAGAAGGCGGACUUUUCCGACAGCCUGGCCCCCUCCAUGCGGUUUGACUUAGAAGGGCUUCCCUGGCCUGGCAGCGCGUGGGUUUUUCUUAGGCUUAGGUGGGGCGACAUUGAUGCGGCUCCUGUUGAAGAGGAAUGCGCUUCGUAUUGCGGCCGCAUGACCGCAGAAGCCUCUGCAUACACACACAGCAGGUUUGGGCUUGUUGUGCUCUUUGACAUUUGCCAGUGCAAGUACGCGAUCCAAGCAACACACGAGCUUCUUCAAGGCCUAGCCGGGGAACUUGAAGAGCGCCUAGACAUGCAUGUUUCUUCCUUGGACUGCUUUCGAAUUUUCCAAAGCAGACUUUGUUUGCUGGUGGGCCGCUCUCCGAAAGAGCACAGCGAGGCAGUCACCGAUCCUAGAAGCAUCUUUGCAGAAAGCCAUCUCGGAACCUUUUUUCUGCAAAUAUCCAGCACAGCAGCACAUGCACUGGACAUGGCAAGCGGCAGGGUGUUUAGGUACGAGUUUAAGCCCGGGGCCAAAAUAUCCAAAAUUCUUGAGCGCGUGCAUGCACUGCUUCUCCAACACAACGUGCAGCGGGUGUGUGCUCCGGCCAGAGAGCACUCCCUUCUGCGGAAGUCCGGCAUAUCCUGUGCGUUUUUUCUCUGGGAAAUAGAGAUUGAUCUGGCACAAAUCCCGCGUUCCGUGCGCAAUGCGUAUGCUGCCUGGCCCGGCCUUAAGAGCAAAGCCUGUGCGUUUUCUUCUUUUUGCAGGCUUGCUCUUGUGCUCAGGCACUCCUCUGCAUGCUCGCCCGAGUCGCUCAGCCUGAUGCUUACGCCCAUGCCAGAGGAGGCGUGGGAGAAAACAGAAGUCCGUCUGUGCGCCGACCUGCUUGUGCUUGGCUCACCCAGCGGCACAAGCGCUCCCGGCCCUUCUAGCCGCGUUUCCAGCAGUAGCGAGUGCAUGCAGCGGCUUCUUUUUGGAGCAGCCGGCUCCUCUGAGAGGCCGCCAGCCCCUUCUUCCGGCGCGUGGACGCGCAUGACCAGCUGGAGAGACCGCUAUAAAAUAGCCGACAGCUUCUCCGCCCUGCAGCAGCUAAAAAGCAGCGCAUGCACGCAUGUGCCGAUGGAAAAGCGCGAAAGCAGCGAACUUUCCUCGGCUGAAGACAGUGUGUGCAUUGGCCAAGACGUUCUCCAGCACAUUUUGCACAUUUCAGACUCGCUUACGCCAAUACUUGGGUUUGUGUGUGAAAGCGCGCAGGAGGGCGCGGUGUUUGUUAUGCCUCGGCAGCUUUUCAGCUCCAAGCAUUUUUUUAUUUCUCCGUUCGACACUACAGCCUGUUCUAUUCGGGCAGUUGUGCAGACAGUCACUCCUUUCUCGCAGAAUAUGGCGUUCACCUACAGCGGAGUGGCGUUCCCCUCGCCUGUGCCCGUUUUGCUUGUGGAUGUUGCAAAUGGAGCGUGCCUGGGGUCCAGGUGCACGCCAGAAUGCGUUGGGGGAACGGUUUCUUUCUCUGUCAGAAGCCGCAUUUUAGUUGAAGUUCUGCCUAUUAAGAGCGCUUUUCUCACAGCUGCUGGGUGGAAUCGAAAUAUGUGCGAGCCCCACGGGGAGCCCCACCUUACUCCGUGCAUGCCGCUUCCUUUCUAUGCAGAGGAGUUUCGGGCAAGCCACUUCCGCCUUGGCUAG